GGAACGGUCCGAAGAGCGAAGAAAAAUCGAUUGAUUUUUAUCCUUAAUCCCCGAAGGGAAAAGCAACUUGCAGGGAAUCCUUUUCUGGUUCGGUGUUUGAGGUACGGUGUUAUGGUUCCAGGGUGGACAGUGAAAAAUAGUCUCGACUCGGAUCACGUAACGCAGUUUCGGAACGCGUCCGGCACUUCCAUCGGUCGGAAGAGCUGAAUUCCGGGAGUGCAAUAUUCGCAAGAGUGUGUGGAAGUGAAUUUUUUAGGGCGUCAAAAGAAGAGUGAUUAUCAUCAUUCGUCGUCGUGGAGUUUAGUCUUUGAGGCUCGGUUCCAUUGCCUGAUUCAUCCAUUCAUAUACUAUUGUCGUAAUCUCCCGGAGGAAUCUGCCACGGGUAGAAUCGGGUGAAAAGUCGUAUCCUUUGGGUUCAGAAGCUGCUGGUCAUACAUUGGAAUUAGAUGAGCCAAAGGAAGUGAAAGACGUGAUUACAAUAAUCAUCGAUCUGAAAGUGUUUUUCUGUGUGUUAGUUCUGUGAGCUCGAGAGCUGUUUGAUUCGAGCAAAACCGAUAAACAAGUGAUUCCUGGGAACAAGAAGAAUAUAUAAUAGGAGCAUUUGACCGGAGGACCGUGUUAAUCCAGCAGGAUGGCCCCUGUGAGAGGAGACGGAAUGCGCGGCUUGGCCGUGUUCAUUUCCGAUAUACGCAAUUGUAAAAGCAAAGAAGCCGAAAUCAAGCGAAUCAACAAGGAACUGGCCAACAUUCGGAGCAAGUUCAAAGGAGACAAAACGUUGGAUGGCUAUCAGAAGAAGAAGUACGUCUGCAAGCUGCUGUUCAUCUUUCUACUCGGUCAUGACAUCGACUUCGGUCAGAUGGAAGCGGUCAACUUGCUGUCCUCGAACAAGUACUCCGAGAAGCAGAUCGGCUACUUGUUCAUCUCGGUACUGGUCAAUACCAACAGUGACCUGAUCAAGCUGAUCAUCCAGAGCAUUAAGAACGACUUGCAGUCGCGUAAUCCAAUCCACGUGAAUCUGGCGCUUCAGUGCAUUGCCAACAUCGGAAGUCGAGAUAUGGCCGAAGCGUUCUCGACGGAAAUUCCAAAGCUGCUGGUUUCCGGCGACACGAUGGACGUGGUGAAACAGUCGGCUGCUCUGUGCUUGUUGCGUUUGUAUCGAACUUGUCCGGAUAUUAUUCCGGGAGGCGAAUGGACCACUCGGAUCAUUCAUCUUCUGAACGAUCAGCACAUGGGCGUUGUGACCGCGGCCACAAGUUUGAUUGAUGCUCUGGUCAAGAAAAACCCUGACGAAUACAAAGGAUGUGUCAGUUUGGCCGUUUCCAGAUUAUCUCGAAUUGUGACCGCGUCCUACACGGAUUUGCAGGACUACACGUACUAUUUCGUGCCAGCUCCAUGGCUUUCGGUUAAACUGCUGCGUCUGCUGCAAAACUACAAUCCACCAACUGAGGAUCCUGGCGUGCGAGGUCGUCUCAACGAGUGCUUGGAGACGAUUCUUAACAAAGCUCAGGAACCACCCAAGAGCAAAAAGGUCCAACAUUCCAAUGCAAAGAACGCGGUACUCUUUGAAGCAAUAAAUCUAAUUAUUCACAACGACAGUGAGGCAAACCUUUUGGUUCGAGCUUGCAAUCAGUUGGGACAAUUCCUGAGCAAUCGCGAGACAAACUUGCGCUACCUAGCUUUGGAAUCGAUGUGCCACCUGGCCACAUCAGAGUUCUCUCAUGAAGCGGUCAAAAAGCACCAAGAAGUGGUUAUCCUUUCGAUGAAAAUGGAAAAGGACGUUUCGGUGCGCCAGCAAGCAGUCGAUCUCCUGUACGCCAUGUGUGACCGCACAAACGCCGAGGAAAUCGUUCAAGAAAUGUUGAACUAUCUCGAAACGGCCGAUUACUCAAUUCGCGAGGAAAUGGUUCUGAAGGUGGCCAUCCUGGCCGAGAAGUAUGCCACCGAUUUCACUUGGUAUGUGGAUGUCAUUUUGAAUCUCAUUCGAAUCGCCGGAGAUUAUGUCUCCGAGGAAGUGUGGUAUCGUGUAAUUCAGAUCGUAAUCAAUCGGGAAGAAGUGCAAGGAUAUGCAGCAAAGACUGUUUUCGAAGCUCUGCAAGCGCCGGCCUGCCACGAAAAUAUGGUUAAAGUCGGUGGUUAUAUUCUUGGAGAAUUCGGAAACCUGAUUGCUGGAGAUUCCCGUUCCGCUCCAAUGGUCCAGUUCAAACUGUUGCACUCAAAGUACCAUCUCUGCUCUUCAAUGACACGCGCUCUGUUGCUUUCGACGUACAUUAAGUUCAUCAACCUUUUCCCGGAGAUACGGUCCACCAUUCAGGAUGUCUUCAGACAGCACAGCAAUCUCCGGUCGGCCGAUGCUGAGCUUCAACAAAGAGCCAGCGAGUACCUUCAGCUUAGCAUUGUGGCCUCGACGGAUGUGCUGGCAACCGUUCUCGAGGAAAUGCCAUCCUUCCCCGAACGGGAGAGUUCCAUUUUGGCCGUACUGAAGAAGAAGAAGCCCGGCCGGGUUCCGGAGAAUGCGGAAAUACGCGACAAUAAGAGUCCGGUGCCGAAUGCCCACAAUGCUCAUGCUGCUCAAACCAACCAUACUGUGAGUAUAAAUUCUACUGCUAGUUCCGAUCUGCUCGGUUUGAGCACUCCACCGGCUAAUCAGUCUCAAACCGGAACACUGAUUGACGUCCUCGGAGAUAUCUACAGUGCUACGAACGGCACCGGCAACGUGAUUAACAAUGCCAAAAAAUUCGUCUUUAAGAACAACGGGGUGUUGUUCGAAAAUGAUCUCUUGCAAAUUGGCGUCAAGAGCGAAUUCCGUCAGAAUCUGGGACGCCUCGGACUGUACUAUGGUAACAAGACGCAAACGGCGUUGCAGAAUUUCGUUCCGACCUUGCAGUGGUCUCCGGAAGAUGCUCUCAAGUUGAACGUACAGAUCAAGGCGGUAGAACCGACGUUGGAAGCCGGAGCACAAAUCCAACAACUGUUGACGGCCGAAUGUAUCGACAACUACAGCGAAGCGCCAUCCAUCGUCAUCAGUUUCCGGGUCAGUGGCGGAGCGCCACAAAAGAUCACCGUACUGCUACCGUUGACCAUCAACAAGUUCUUCGAGCCGACGGAGAUGAACGCCGAAUCGUUCUUCGCGCGGUGGAAGAAUCUCGGAGGUGAGCAACAGCGAGCGCAACGAGUCUUCAAGGCUCAGCAGCCGCUCGAUCUGCCCGGCGCCCGCAACAAGCUGAUGGGAUUCGGAAUGCAGCUGCUGGACAGUGUCGACCCCAACCCGGACAAUAUGGUUUGCGCCGGAAUCAUCCACACGCAGGCCCACAAGGUGGGCUGCCUGUUGCGUCUCGAGCCGAAUAAACAAGCACAGAUGUUCCGUCUGACGAUUCGUUCCAGUUUAGAGAACGUCACGCAGGAAAUAUGCAAUCUACUGGUAGACCAAUUUUAAGCAAGCAAGAGAAGCGCUCUCGUCCGUUUCUGAUUCCUUUACGUUGUAAAUUAUGCUGGUAUGUAGUGAUGUUGAUUAAUAUUAGUAAGAAAACGAAAGAAGCGUUUUCGUUCUUCGCCAUACGGAAGAAAUCAAGCAAGCAUACAACACAUACCGCAGCAGUAACAAUAAUGAGAAUAAAAUUGAUAUAGAUUGGAUUGUAUAUCGCAGGUCACAAUGUUGGAGCGAGUAUGUGUGCAAAUGAGAUGCAGUGUACGACGAUGAUGUAGAUAUGUUUCUGUAACCACUGUAAUAUUGCAAACAAUUUGCAAUACUUCUAUGGAGAAAUCGUGCUGGUCGACAGCCGAUCGUACGCUGCUAGAGGAAAUAUGCUUAUUCGAUAGCGAUAACGACUUAUCAAGUUUUGCGCAUUCUCGCUCUAUCGUUUGCCUGCUACGAAGUAUCAAAGAAUUAGGCUGAAAGUGUAUUAUGGAGAAACAGAAUAAUGAAAACCCUAUUAAUAACGAUUAUGAUUCAUUUGUUGAAAUUGAUUAUAGAAAAAGUAUUUUGGACUACCGAAGACAAGUUGAUUUAGUUUUACCUUUACUGAAAUUCUACAACCUAAAAAUCUCAUUUACUGCAUUAGACAUAUUACAAACGGCAGACAUUAGGGAAAAUACAUAGAGAAAAAUUAGACUACUAGUAGUAGACAAGUAGAUAUUGUGAAACUGAGACACAAGGAUCAAAGAUAUUCGCGGAACGUUGAAACACGUAAAACAGAUUUCAUCGUGAAUCAAGGCUGACAUUUGCAGUAAAUAAAUGGAACACCGAAAUCAUCACACAUACGCACGUUGUAAAUGUUGUAUUGUUUGCGCGUUUCAUAUCGUUCUGAAUUGGGAUACCCAAAAGUAUUGCACAAAGCAUGAUCAUCAUUGGUGCAAUAGACACACUUGUUUUUAACGGAGAAACAUGCAAGCUACUACAAUCCUAAUCCCCCCUGAACUGUGGUCCACACUCGAACUCGCAUAGGUCCAUUAUUAUCAGUGGUCAGCAAAACCACCUUCCGUAGCCAGUUUGUUAACAAAUUCGUACCUAUGCCUUCGUACUGCUUGUAACUUUUAGUGACAUAAGUUUGCGUUUUUCAAUGUUUAUUCCAACCUUUUAUAACUCAUGUAUGAAUGCAUCGUUACUAAUAUAUUACGUUAUACUAUUUGUAUAUCAUGAUCAAGACAAGCGAAAAAAAAGAACUAAAGGAACAAUGAAAAAAUACUGAACUCGUAUAUAGUGUAUGUAAGAAAGUUUGCUUCGCUCUUUCUUUCAACCAAACUAAAUUGAUCCAAACAUUUACUCCCUGUCCAUACCUCUAGGUGAAGAUGAAGAGAUACAUAGAAAUUACAUUAAAAAAACGUAAACUAACGAUUCCCCGUGUCCUCUCGAUAUGGUGUAAUAGACAAACAAGAACAGAAUUUACUAUGUAUUCAAUAUUCUCUAUUGAUUAUAAGAAUAAAUCAACUGAUUACAAAACAAGACAAAAACCAACUCGAAACGAGCAAACCCGAGGCAAAAAAUAGUUUGAGGAUCGUAA